GCCCAACAUCUGUCCAAAUCUCCAAGAUGAAGAACCCAGAAGCUCUUUUUGGCAUCCUCACAACCCUAUUAAUCUUCUCCAAACCAUCCCACCAAGCCUCUCCCCCUCCACAAUUCCCACCAAAUCCCAGACUUCUCAAUGCCUACACAGCCCUCCAAGCCUGGAAAUCCACAUUCACAUCCGACCCAAACAAUUUCACGUCAAACUGGUCCGGCCCAUAUGUCUGCAACUACAGAGGUGUCUACUGUGCACCCGCACCAGACGAUCCUCACACCAUAACCGUCGCAGGCAUCGACCUUAACGGCGCAAACAUUGCCGGCACUCUUUCCGAACACCUCGGCCUCCUUACCGAUCUCGCACUCUUCCAUUUGAACUCCAAUCGCUUCUGUGGUACAAUCCCAGAAGCCUUCUCUAACCUCCACCUCCUCUACGAGCUCGACGUCAGUAAUAACCAGUUCGAGGGCCCAUUCCCUUCUGUUGUUCUCUGCUUACCUUCUCUGAAAUUCCUCGACAUCCGAUUCAAUCGGUUUAACGGCGAUAUACCUCCAAAGCUAUUUGAUUUGAAAUUGGAUGCUCUGUUUAUUAACAACAACAAGUUCUGCUCAAAUUUGCCGCAGAAUUUUGGGAAUUCUCCGGUGUCUGUGAUGGUGUUAGCGAAUAAUCAAAUUGGGGGUUGUAUUCCUUCGAGUUUAGCGAAGAUGGGAGGGACGCUCAAGGAAAUCAUUUUAAUGAAUAAUGGAUUGACGGGUUGUUUGGAUUCUGGGAUUGGUGGGUUGAGAGAGGUUACGGUGUUUGAUGUGAGUGUUAACGAGUUAGUUGGGUCGUUGCCGGAAUCUAUGGCGGGGAUGCAGAGUUUGGAGCAACUUAAUGUGGGGAAUAAUAGGUUGUCCGGUGAGAUUCCUAAAGGUGUGUGUUCGUUGCCUAAGCUGGAGAAUUUCACUUACUCUUAUAAUUACUUCUGCAGCGAGCCUCCGGUGUGUCUCAAGUUGCCGGCGAAGGAUGAUAGAGAUAAUUGUAUACCGAGUAGGCCUUUGCAAAGAUCGGCUCAGGAAUGCAAGGCUUUCUAUGCCGUUCCUGUUGAUUGUAGUGUCCCCGGGAGCACAGACACAUUUUCGCCGCCGCCUCCUCCUCCACCACCACCACCUCCGCCUCCUCCACCACCACCGCCUCCGCCUCCUCCACCUCCACUAGCACCAGGGUAUUAUUGACAUCAGCCGUGACAGAUUAGAAAUUAUACAUAACAAUUUGUGUAUUUCGUUUUUUUUGUAUUUAUUUUUUUACUACUUGAUUUUGAGAAUAAAACGCAUAAUUGAUAACCAUCGAGUCAUUGACCUUGCUUUGUCA